GAAUAAGUCUUCAGAAAGUUCAAGUUAUUCUUCACUUAAUUUUUUGAUUAAAUAAUAUAUAUAAACAUGUCCAACACUCUUUCCUGGUUGACCCAGCUUGAUACUACCGAAACCCCAGACAAGGUUUUGCGUCGUUCUUCCAUUAUUGGUACUAUUGGUCCAAAGACCAACAAUGUUGACGUUCUUGUCAAGUUGAGAAAGGCCGGUUUAAACAUUGUUCGUAUGAACUUUUCCCACGGUUCUUACGAAUACCAUCAAUCUGUUGUUGACAACGCUAGAAAGUCCGAAGAAGUGUAUCCAGGUCGUCCUCUUGCCAUUGCUCUUGAUACCAAGGGUCCAGAAAUCAGAACCGGUACCACCACCAACGAAGUUGACUACCCAAUCGGUCCAAACCACGAAAUGAUCUUCACCACUGAUGCCGCAUACGCCAAGAGCAGUGACGACAAGAUCAUGUACUUGGACUAUGCUAACAUCACCAAGGUUAUUGAAGUUGGUAAGAUCAUCUACAUUGAUGACGGUGUUCUUUCCUUUGAAGUUGUUGAAGUUGUUGACGACAAGACUUUGAAAGUCCGUUCUGUCAACGCUGGUAAGAUCUGUUCCCACAAGGGUGUCAACCUUCCAGGUACCGAUGUUGACUUGCCAGCUCUUUCCGAAAAGGACAAGGCUGACAUUAGAUUCGGUGUCAAGAACGGUGUUCACAUGAUCUUUGCUUCUUUCAUCAGAACCGGUAACGAUAUCAAGGAAAUCCGUAAGGUUUUGGGUGAAGACGGUAAGGAUAUUCAAAUCAUUGCCAAGAUUGAAAACCAACAAGGUGUUAACAACUUUGACGACAUUCUUGCUGAAACUGACGGUGUUAUGGUUGCCAGAGGUGACUUGGGUAUUGAAAUCCCAGCUCCACAAGUGUUUGUUGUUCAAAAGCAAUUGAUUGCUAAGUGUAACUUGGCUGCUAAGCCAGUCAUUUGUGCCACCCAAAUGUUGGAAUCUAUGACUUUCAACCCAAGACCAACCAGAGCUGAAGUUUCUGAUGUUGGUAACGCCAUCUUGGACGGUGCUGACUGUGUCAUGUUGUCCGGUGAAACCGCCAAGGGUAACUACCCAUUCGAAGCCGUCUCCAUGAUGCACAACACUGCCAUCAUUGCUGAAAAGGCCAUCGCUUACCAACCAUUGCACAAUGAAAUCAGAUCCUUGGCCAAGAGACCAACACCAACCACUGAAACCUGUUCCAUGGCUGCUGUCUCUGCUGCCUAUGAACAAGGUGCCAAGGCCAUUGUUGUCUUGUCCACUUCCGGUUCCACCUCCAGAUUGGUUUCCAAGUACAAGCCAAAUGUUCCAAUUAUGAUGGUUACCAGAAACGAAAGAGCCGCCAGAUACUGUCACUUGUACAGAGGUGUGUAUCCAUUCGUGUAUCCUAAGGAAAAGGUUGAAAACUGGCAAGAAGAUGUCGAAAACAGAUUGAGAUGGGCUGUUUCCGAAGCUAUUGAAUUAGGAAUCAUCCAAAAGGGUGACUCCAUUGUCACCAUCCAAGGAUGGACCAGGGGUUCAGGUCACUCCAACACUGUUAGAGUUGUUCAAGCUUAGAUAGGUAGGACUAUAUAAAAUAACACACAAAUAAGGAAAUAAUCAUUUUUUUUUUCA